UGCUCUUUGGCAUUCGUUGUGGAUUGUUGAAAACUUUUAAUUGAAAUUAAUUUUAGCAAGAAAUUUGUUCAAUGUUAAAUUUUUGAUUAUAAAAAGAAAAAAAAUGAAUUCGCUAAGCUUUUCAAGUAGUCUUGGCUUGGUAAUUAGUGUUGUAACGGUAAUUUUUGUGCAUUACGCCGCAGCCAAUAAAUACAAUGUAUCCCUUGGGCAAAUGGAUACAUGCAAGGAAUUGACGCUACGUAAUACCGGAUAUGCAUAUAUACACUUCUUUCACAUACAACAUAUGAACAACAACAAAGUAGCAGCAAACGAGAGUUUACACUUGAAAUUCUAUGUACUGGCCGCCAUGGACGCGCAUAUCCUAUUGGCGACCAAUGAUAAGCCGCGGAGCAGGGAUCACGUCUACGAAGUGGUUAUUGGCGCCGGACAAAAUUCCUUCUCGGCCAUACGUAGCCGGAUGGGUUCGCAACGCGUUUCUACAAGUACGGAAGCGCAGAUUUUAUCGAUCUACGAUCCGACGCCCAUUGAAAUUAUACAAACAAAGGAUGGCACACUUUCGGUUUACAUAACCGGCUAUAAAAAGGAACCACUUCUGAAUUACACAGAUCCCGCACCUUUAGAAAUCAACUACCUCAGUUUUAGUUCCUUUGGGGGUGCUUCGGCGAAAUGGUUCUACGAUUGCCAAUUCGAUGGUUUCGCCGAAGAAAUGGAAGAGAGUGUGCACGUGCUCGAUCCAUUUCACUCUUUACUCGCUAAUCUGACCAAAGCAUCGGCGAAUGAGUCAGUGCCUACGGCUCUCAAGUCUGUGGACUUCGCCUUUCAAUUAAAAUCGGUUGCCUACAAUCACGAAAAGUCGAUAUUACAAACACGUCUGCAGUUAACACUGUAUUGGCACGACCCCCGUCUGGCGUGGAAUGCGGAAGAAAAUGGAAUACCAGCCGUGUGCUUCAGCAGCAGAAAUGCACCUGCGGGAAUAUGGCAGCCGGAUUUAAUACUGCUUAAUGCCGCUCACAACAUCGACGACACCCAACAUGAACCCGACGUCGGUUUGGUGGUUUAUGCCAAUGGCAACCUGACAAUGCUUAAUACAAAUGCAGAAUUCACCACAUGGUGUGUUGACACGAAACGCAAUUGGCCACAUGAACGUCUAAAUUGUGGACUCAUACUGGGCCUAAAAUCUUUCUCGCCACUCACCCACGAGCCCAUCACUUUGGCUUAUGACAGCUCAUUGCCACUGCCAGUGGAGCCUUUCAAUAUGCUAAGCGAGUGGCAUUUCAGACAGAUAAGCUUAUCGGUGAUCGCCACCGCCGAUAACAAUACGGAUCGUUAUGGUACGCAGGCCAUUGCGCAGACCAUGAAUGGCGAUAUAUCGCUGGAGUUUGUGAUCGAAAGGAAUGGCAGUUUCUAUAAGAAUGUCUUCAUGAUGCCGCUAGUGGCCUCUGAAACGCUCAUCGUGUUAUCUUUUCUAUUGCGCGGCUAUCGUCGCGGUGGGCUGAUCCUUGCGGUGUUCUUCGUAAUUUCGCUGGGUAUGAUGUUUGUCACGAAGCAUGCGCCCACGGCUUAUAUACCAAAUAUGCUGCAUGCAUAUAGACACGUGAUGCGAACUGCAACUUUCUGCUACUUGCUGCACGUGUCACUAAUGUGGCUGGAACUGUAUCCGCCGAAGGCGAAACCCAUGGACUGGAUGAUGCGGCUGAUUAAUCUAUCAGCUCUGAGGUUAUUGCUCUGCCUGCGAGUGACUGAUUGCGAUGAAUUCGUGAGAAUACAGACGCAUCCCUGGCGUGAGUUGGCCAAGAUGAUCAACAAUUGCUGCUUUAUCGUCAUCAGUACUUUAUUUAUAGUCAUCGAUAUUCUGCUGUUGCCGAGCUUCUAAAAUCACACCUCACACAGCAGUUUUAGAUAAUACAUAUACUUUUUGCCAACUGCUCAAAAUUUACCUAUUAAUAUGUACGCCCAAAAGCUGUGAAGUCAAAAGCGAAAAAACUUAAUAUUUUUUUUUUAUCGAAAAAAGUUCACUUAGCAUUUUAUUCUUGUUGUUGUUACAG